UACCCCUCUUAUCUCUCGUCACUUUGUUCACUUUAUAAUCUUCAAAGCUCAGCUUUUUACUUUCCUAACAUUUCACCCGAUCUAGUUAGGGUUCCUUACACGAUGGAGCGGUUGAAGUGGGCGCAACUGGGUGAGAGGCUGAAGACCGGUGGGGCCCAGAUGGGGCGAAUGGUGAGCGGAAAAGUGAAGGAGAUGCUUCAGGCGCCGACGCCGGAGUCCAAGAUGGUGGACGAGGCCACGCUGGAGACCAUGGAAGAACCCAAUUGGGGCAUGAAUCUCAGAAUCUGUGGCAUGAUCAACAGCGACCAGUUCAACGGCUCUGAGGUCGUUAAGGCCAUCAAGAGAAAGAUCAAUCACAAGAGCCCCGUCGUUCAGACCCUCAGCCUUGACCUCCUCGAAGCCUGCGCCAUGAAUUGCGACAAGGUCUUCUCCGAAAUCGCUUCCGAGAAGGUUCUCGAUGAGAUCAUUCGCCUCAUCGAUAACCCGCAGGCCCAUCACCAGACCCGCAGCCGGGCUUUUCAGUUGAUUCGGGCCUGGGGCGAGUCCGAGGAUCUCGCUUAUCUUCCCGUCUUUCGUCAAACUUAUAUGAGUUUGAAAGGAAGGGAUGAACCGGUUGACAUGGCGGGAGGAAAUUCACCACAUGUUCCGUAUGCCUCAGAGUCAUAUGUAGAUGCCCCUGAAAGAUACCCAAUUCCUCAAGCUGAACUACAUGAUAUUGAUGAUCCAGCAGCUUUCUCUUCUAAUUACCAACACAUAUCAGUUGAAGAGAGGAAAGAGCAUCUUGUGGUUGCUCGAAACAGUCUCGAAUUGCUCUCUAGCAUAUUGAAUUCUGAUGCAGAGCCUAAAACUUUGAAGGAAGAUUUAACCGUGAGCUUGUUGGAUAAGUGCAAGCAAUCUCUCUCUAUCAUCAAGGGGAUAGUGGAAAGCACUACAAACGAUGAAGCAACACUUUUUGAGGCUUUAUAUCUCAAUGACGAGCUGCAGCAGAUUGUUUCUAAAUAUGAGGAGUUAGAUGCUGCUCAAAGUUCUGGGGCACAACAACCUCAAAAUGCUGACACUGACAAGCAUGAUGCCAAAGCUGUUCAAAACCCCAAUGAAGUACCCGAAAAUGAAGAAUCUGAAGCUGCUCAGAAUCUGGAUCGAAAGCUUCCCCAAAAGUCUAACACUCUUGAAGUCAAUGCAACUGAGGGCGAGAGAGAUGAUCUUGCUGAAACUAAAAUAGUGGAUGGUCUUGCUGAAACUAAAAUAGUAGAUGAUGGCACGAAGGAGAAGAAUGCUGAAUCUAGUUUCAAGCGAGAUACCGAAUGAGCAAAGCAUAGUUGGCAUAUGUAUCUUCUAAUUCGCAUUUUAUCUUGUCUUUGUUCAUAUCUUGUAAUAAGCUAUAGUCCUUCUAUGCGGGUGAUUUACAUUGCCCAAAUGUGUAAUUGGCAGGAGUUUCCAUCCCGAGGAUUGUGAUAACAUCCUUGUGAGAUCAUGCUAGUUUCUCAUAAUAUUAAGUGGUUCCCACAUUUUGAUCCGCUUCCUUAUAUUAUUAAUGCGAGAAGGGGAUGAAGUUAGUACUGUUGUUAGUGCAUAGAGUGUGGAGACAACUAAUUGCGCACAUUGGAGUACAGAUUAGAAAAUCGGACUCUUGUUUGAGUUUUAUUUAUGAUAAUAAUGUUUUGUUUUGUAAGUUA